AUGAAUCGUCUGUUCGGCAGCAAAGCAGCAAAACCCAAACCAUCGCUCACGGACGCCAUCGCGUCCACCGAGACGCGCGCCGACUCGGUCGAGGUCAAGAUCCGCAAGCUCGACUCGGAACUCACACGCUAUCGCGAUCAGAUGCGCAAGAUGCGCGACGGCCCCGGAAAGAGCGCGAUACAACAACGCGCCCUCCGUGUGCUCAAACAGAAACGCCUCUACGAGAAUCAGCUCGCCCAGCUGCAGCAACAAAGCUACAACAUGGAACAGGCCACCAUGACCACCGAAAAUCUGCGCAACACCAUGGCCACCUUCGACGCCAUGCAGACCGCUAACAAGGAGAUGAAGAAGACCUACGGCAAGAUCGACCUCGAUAAGAUCGAGAGCAUGCAGGACGAGAUGGAGGACCUGAUUGAGGCCGCGAAUGAGGUCCAGGAGACAUUGGGCAGGAGCUACGGUGUGCCGGACGAGGUGGACGAGGAGGAUUUGCAGGCAGAGCUCGAUGCGCUCGAGGCGGAUGGCUGGGGCGAGGAGGAGGGCGAUGCUGUGCCGAGCUAUCUGCAGACGAACCAGGAGCUGCCGGACUUUGUCGAUGAGCUGCCGAGCGAGGGUGUGGCGCAGGGUGAGAAUAAGGAGCCUGGCGAGGCAUUGCGUGCGGCGUAG